AUGAAACCCAAAGUCUCCAAGAGACUAACACUAACAUGGGUUCCUCUUCUCUGCAUCUCCUGCUUUUUCCUCGGAGCAAUUUUUACCUCCAGAUUUCGAGGGCCAUCGUCGGAUUCCGGUGGCCAACUCUUUUUACAGCACCGGCGUGAUCAGGAACUUAAGAUAGCUUCCAAAGAUUAUGCUCAUGAGAAAAAAAAAUCACAAGAAAAAGAUGUAAUGGAAGAGGUUUUGAAAACCCAUAAAGCAAUAGAGGAUCAUAGGUCGUUGGAUAAGUCAGUUUCAAUGCUUCAGAGACAGCUCUCGCGUACACAGAGCUCUCAAAAGAUUGUUGAUGUCUCAACAACCAAUUCUUCAACAAAAGGAAACCAACGGAAGAAAGUUUUCAUGGUGAUUGGUAUCAAUACUGCAUUCAGCAGUAGAAAACGGCGUGAUUCGCUUAGAGAGACUUGGAUGCCUCAGGGACAAAAGCUUGAGAAAUUGGAAAAAGAGAAAGGAAUUGUCGUCAAAUUCAUGAUUGGUCACAGUUCGACACCAAAUAGUAUACUGGAUAAGGAAAUUGAUUCAGAAGAUGCUCAAUACAAAGAUUUCUUUAGGCUGGACCAUGUCGAAGGAUAUUACAAACUGUCCGCAAAGACCAAAAUCUUCUUUUCCAGUGCAGUUGCAAAGUGGGAUGCUGAGUUUUACGUAAAGAUUGAUGAUGAUGUUCAUGUCAAUCUUGGUAUGCUUGCUUCCACAUUAGCUAGUCAUCGUCAUAAGCCGAGGGUCUACAUUGGAUGUAUGAAAUCCGGACCUGUUCUCACUAAAAAAACGGCCAAGUAUCGUGAACCCGAGUUUUGGAAAUUUGGAGAGGAAGGUAACAAAUAUUUUCGACAUGCUACAGGACAGAUUUAUGCCAUCUCAAAGGAUCUUGCUAAAUACAUAUCUACUAAUCAGCCAAUUUUGCACAAGUAUGCAAAUGAAGAUGUGACACUCGGGUCAUGGUUCAUCGGUCUUGAGGUUGAGCAAAUCGAUGACCGUAAUUUCUGUUGUGGUACUCCUCCAGACUGUGAAAUGAAGGCAGAGGCUGGAGAAGUAUGUGUAGCGUCAUUUGAUUGGAAGUGCAGUGGGAUAUGCAAAUCAGUCGAUAGAAUGUGGAUGGUUCAUGCGAUGUGUGGUGAAGGUAACAAAGCUGUGUGGGAUGCGAAUUUAUAA